AUGCAUUCAGUCAGCAAACCUCCAGAGAAACCUAUCCUCCUCAGCCAGCAAACCUCCAGAGAAACCUAUCCUCCUCAGCCAGCAAACCGCCAGAGAAACCUAUCCUCCUCAGCCAGCAAACCGCCAGAGAAACCUAUCCUCCUCAGUCAGCAAACCUCCAGAGAAACCUACCCUCCUCAGCCAGCAAACCUCCAGAGAAACCUACCCUCCUCAGCCAGCAAACCUCCAGAGAAACCUAUCCUCCUCAGCCAGCAAACCUCCAGAGAAACCUAUCCUCCUCAGCCAGCAAACCGCCAGAGAAACCUAUCCUCCUCAGUCAGCAAACCUCCAGAGAAACCUACCCUCCUCAGCCAGCAAACCUCCAGAGAAACCUAUCCUCCUCAGCCAGCAAACCUCCAGAGAAACCUACCCUCCUCAGCCAGCAAACCUCCAGAGAAACCUACCCUCCUCAGCCAGCAAACCUCCAGAGAAACCUACCCUCCUCAGUCAGCAAACCUCCAGAGAAACCUACCCUCCUCAGCCAGCAAACCUCCAGAGAAACCUACCCUCCUCAGUCAGCAAACCUCCAGAGAAACCUACCCUCCUCAGCCAGCAAACCUCCAGAGAAACCUACCCUCCUCAGCCAGCAAACCUUCAGAGAAACCAACCCUCCUCAGUCAGCAAACCUCCAGAGAAACCUACCCUCCUCAGCCAGCAAACCUCCAGAGAAACCAAUCCUCCUCAGUCAGCAAACCUCCAGAGAAACCAAUCCUCCUCAGUCAGCAAACCUCCAGAGAAACCAAUCCUCCUCAGUCAGCAAACCUCCAGAGCAACCUAGCCACAGCCAGCAAACCUUCACUGCCAGCAAGCCUUCACAGCCAGCAAGCCUUCACAGCCAGCAAGCCUCCACAGUCAGCAAGCCUCCACAGUCAGCAAGCCUCCACAGUCAGCAAGCCUCCACAGUCAGCAAGCCUUCACACCCCUUAA